UUUGGUUGACUUAUUUAAUUCUAUUUAGUAUUGUGUGUGUGAGUGUGUGAAAGAAAUACUCAAGUAACAGUUGUAAGAAGGCUUAAGUUGGAGAAAUAUUCCGGGAAGCAGGCGCCGCAUUCAACAACCUGUCCAAAAUGACUAUGAUGCUACAUCCUAUGGCAGAUACUCAGCCUGGUGGAAAAUGGACAGAUGACGAGAUUGACAUGCUUCGGUCGUCUGUUCAUCGGUUUGCUGUUGACCUUAACAAACUCCGUCACCACAUAAAGAGCAGGACAGUUUCACAAAUACGUUCAACACUAAAGAAAAAGGCAUUCGAAGACGCAGGUAUACCAGUAAGGCAGGUAAGCAGCAUCGCGCCAAGGAUCGGGAAGCCUGCGACCCAGGUAGUUCCACCACUGAGCAUCAUCCAAGGAGUGUUAAGAACUAAUGCCGAGGUGACAUUAAACAUGUUGAAUGCGACGGAAAACGAAGUUGAUAUUUCAAUAUCAACUUCGUUUUGACCGGUGACGUGAAACUCGAGUUCGAUGGAAGCACCGAGGAAGUGGCCACGUGAAAUUUAUAGUUUCCCAUACAGUUGAACAGUUUUUUCGGUUAAUUGAGUGAUUUUUUCUGUUGAUAAACAAGACUUUUCACCAACACCAGGAUCUUAAAUUGUUAAUAAUAGUAUCUUAAUUUGCCGUCGACUGAUAAUUUUAAAUAUUUCUUUGUGCUCUUGCGAACAAGACAUUUAUUUGCAAUCGAGGUACCAAAUGUACGUUUGGUUUCCAUGUAACCUUUGGAGUUUGUUCUUUAUCUUGAGUUUUUAUCUUUCAUUUGGUAAUAACGGUUUACUUCAAAAUUUAUCACGAAGGUCGCACUGAGAAAAUGGAUGGCCAAAUCGCGAAAAUAUUGAUUGUUUGUCAUUCAAAUUUUUAGAGAACAUAGAAAUUAGACCCAACUGGCUGAGAGCUUGUGAAUUCCUCGCUUGCUUGUGGCGAAAUGGGUCUAAUUUCUAUAGAAAUAUGAGUACAAACAGCAAAUUUCCGUGAUUCAUAAUUUCAGUGUGGCUUUCACUCUCGUCAUUUAAUAUUGUAGGUUAUUAAUAAUUUGCAUUAA